UGUUUUUCUCCUUAAGAUACAAAAGUAGCUUGUGUUAGGAAUACAUCCUGUACCAAAAGUAUACUGGGUUAUUGUUUCAUUUGCAACAGUGGUACCUCGGGUUACAAACACCUCAGGUUACAAACGCUUCGGGUUACAAACUCCGCUAACCCGGAAGUAGUACCUCGGGUUCCAAACUUUGCCCCAGGAUGAGAACGGAAAUCGCGCAGCAGCAGGAGGUCCCAUUAGCGAAAGCGCGCCUCAGGUUAAGAACGGUUUCGGGUUAAGAACGGACCUCCCGAAUGAAUUAAGUUUGUAACCAAGUUAGACUGCAGAAAGUGUUCUGUGCACGGAGAUCCAAUCAUGGUUAUAACCCAUUUUGAAUAGAUCUCUUUCUAUAGCAUCACCUCAGCUGUACCGUGUUACAUAGGAGGCUAGUUUCAUUGAGGAUAGGAUGGAGGUUUGGAGUAAUAUUGUGCAUAUUAAUUUCCAAUAGAAAUAGCUCAUAAAAUAUGGCCAAGAUCCAAAGAGUUGCUUUCAGUGUGCCCAAAUUUGGGAGUGUUUAUUUGGGAAUUUUGAGGGGAUCUAUUGUUACUUUUGAACGUUUUAAAAAUGGAUUGAUUGGCAAGUGGCUUGUGGGGCACUGUUCUUUGAGAAGCGCAAGUCAAAUGCCCCUUGAGAGUUUUGGACCUAGAUUCAUGGCUCUUUGAUCCCAGUCUGUGCAAAAUUGUGAGGCAAUGCAGUUUUAAAAUUUAGAUUUCUUUUAAAAAAGAGCAAGAUCUUAUCUACCCUGGAAAAUGUUGUAACCACCCUCUUUACGCUAAGCUGAUGUCUCCUCUUCAUUGGUCACUCAUUAGUGGGGUUUUGAUAGGCAUAUAGCCAGAGGCUGCUUCUUCUUUCUUUCUUUUUUGCAUGGCUAUUGGAAACCCACUCUUUCCAGAUUGCUCUUGUCAAGAUCACAGUAAGUACAUUGUGUGUCAUAGUGUAAGCCUCCAGUUCUAGCAAGAAUGACUUAUGUAAAACCAGUCCAUCUCUAUUAUAAUAGUCCUAAAUGCACUUACUUGGAAGUAAAUCCCAUUGAUUUACUGCAGUGCUAAGCAUGAAUACCAGGAGGUGUUUUCAUCAGAAGUCUCUUGGAUUUGCUACCAAAUGCAAAUGUUUGGGCUUGAGGAUUUAGUGCAUAUUAUUUUGUGUUGAUUUUUCUUAAUUUGCACUUCAGGCAUGAUAAAUAAGUCAUCAAUUGAAUUAUUUAUCAUACGAAAGUAUAUAUUUUUCACUACAGAUUAAAUGUUUUAGUUACUAAAACAUUUACUAGUAACAUUUAGUUACUAAAACAUUUGAAGGACAAUUUAAUUAUUUGACAAGUGCUGGAGCACUGUAAGGGAGAUGAGCAAAAUUGAGUUGUAUAUUGCAUUUAUUGCUAAAAUACCAAUGAUUGCUAAAUAAAGCAUUGCUUCAUUGUAUUUUCCUAGUUUAUUUAACCAUAAUUACAAUUUUUGUGCUCAAAGCAACCUCUGCAAAGAUCUGUAACAACCUGUUAUGUGUCUGCUUUCUGAGAACAAAGUACGGUAUGUACAUCUUCACAUGAGUCUUGAUAGGUGUAUUAAAUCCUGAAAGAACCUCAAUACAGUACACCAUAUUCUACUCUUUCAGAUUUGUGAUUGAAUUAUUGUGGAGGCAGCUGAUGACUUUCUGUAUGCAUAGUUAUUUUUUAAUUGAUAAUUUUAUUAUUUAAUUUUUUUGUAAACUGCUCUGAGGUUUUUGUAUAAUCAAGCAGUAUAUAAUUUUUAUGAAAUGAAUGAAUAAAUAGAGCACAUUUUAUCUUAUUAUGAUGGUAUUCAGCUAAAUUUUACUCAGACUGCACCCACUGAAAUUAAUGAACAUCACUAAGUUAGGUCCACUCAUUUCAGUAGAUCUGCUCUGAGUUGAAUACCACUCAUUUAUUUUUCUAUUAUAGUAAUUAUUCUAAAAUUGUUAUACAAAUUUAAUAUACAAACAGAUUAGCAUCUGCUACUAUUAUGCAAAUCUGUAGCCUCUUUCAUCCUAUUUUCUGGCCAACUGUAGUUGUGACGAGUUGGGAAGUCAUUGACUUGGAAGUGGGAUAUAUGCAUGCGUAGUGCUACUAUGCAAAGUGGUUUGAGUUUAGAAAGGAGCAUAACAGACCUUAUUUUCCCCCUUCUCCAAAUGGAUUGCGUCUCUGCAUACCCAGAAAGAAGUGUUUGGCAGGUUUUGCUUUUUAUCUGUGCCUGACGUUGGGAGGAACUGUACACAUUGACUAGAGUGGGGUUAAUGACCAGCUGCUCUUGAGAAUUAUACUGGAGGGGGGUAGGGAAGGGUAAAUGCCAUGUUUGCAAAAAUUGCAACAGGGGGACUCCUUGUUUAAGUGAAAUUCUUAACUAGUUCGGAACCUAUUCCCUCAGGAGCUAUACAAAAGUUUUCAUAGCAAAGGCAGCCAAUUAACCAUGCAUUUAAAAAUGUAUAAUCUAUAUUGCACAUUUCAGCAGCAAAAAUAAUCUCAGUCAGCCAACCGUUUGUUAUUUUUUGCAUUUUCAAAUAUUUUUAAAGUUAGUGUGGUAUGUAUAAAGAAAAUCCUCUGUUAUGGUUCAGUCAAAAAUAGAUCAUUGCACUAUAUACCAUAUUUUUCGCUCUAUAAGACUCACUUUUUCCUUCCUAAAAAGUAAGGGGAAAUGUGUAUGCGUCUUAUGGAGCGAAUGCAGGUGGGAGGCUCUGCUCAGCGCUCCCUUUAAAGAGCCGUGUGUAGCAUGUGUGCGGCUCUUGGGGGCUUUUCUUUAAAGGGAGCGCAGCUCUUGGGGGAGCCAUAAGCCAGGACAGCAAGCGGGAUCGAUGUGCAGUGAUCCCACUUGCUGUCCUGGCUUCUAGGAUUCAGAUUUUUUUCCCCCCUUGUUUUCCUCUUCCAAAACCUAGGUGCGUCUUAUGGUCUGGUGUGUCUUAUAGAGCGAAAAAUACGGUACUUUAUGUUGCAAACACCAGUGUGAUAUGGAAAGCAAAAUGGCACGUUAUGCCACUACAGCUGUUGCUCAGUACAGCACUCAAUAUUUUGCAUGUCCUGCUUCUUUCUGCACAGACCGAUGGCUGAGCACGUGCUUGUGAUUGGCAGCGGAGGCAGAGAACAUGCUCUGGCUUGGAAACUGGCACAGUCCCCACAUGUGAAACAGGUACUGGUCGCACCUGGAAAUGCUGGUACAUCUAAGGAUGGAAAAAUCUCUAACGCAGGUAAUUAAAGAAAAUGUAGAGUAAGUUGAAAUGCUUCGCUUCACGACAUUAAUCUUUCAGUAGUUCCCCCUGAUAAAUUGUGGCCAUUUUCAUCUUUCAGACUCUUUACUUUGUGAGUUUAUUAGAAGAAGCAAAAAUUAAAAUGGCUGGCAUCAAUUACUCUGUUCUGUGCCAGAAACUCUGAGUCUCUGAGAUGGCAUUUCCUCCUUCGUUGAAAAGAAGGGUUGCUGCAUCAUAUAAAGACCAAUAUGCUCUAUUUAGCUAUCCUUUUCAUGAAGAGUGAAAGAGAUGCCUUGGGCAUUCACGUGGCACUCAUGUGGUCUGUUCAGAUGUAGAGCAUGAAACAAAAAUCUUUGUCUCUGUGCUCAUUGAAUUAAUGUUGAUUUCCUCUCCCAAAAACCUUGUCUUUCACAGGACAGUACCAAUGUUAUGGUCAAGAUUACUGUAUUUUCAUUUAUAUAAGUGUUACGUUUUUCCUGUUGUUUUCCCCAAUGAAAAUAGAAGAUGCAGAAAUGUAAUCUGUGUGUCUGUGUCUGUCUGUCUGUCUGUCUGUCUGCCUCUAUAUAUUAGAAAAACAGCUUCUUAAAAUAAUUUUUUAAAAAGAAAACUUUUCUCCUGAUUAUGUAAUGCUUAAAAGUGCACGAUCUGUUUGCAUGACAUUUUUGCUAUGAUCUACCUUUUAAAUCUGAAGCAGAAGAGAUAGCAGAUUAGUUGUGGGAAAAGGAAGUGGUAAUGUUUGGUCCCUGGAGGCAUUUCUAUACACUCAAAUUUCCAUAAAGCCCAGACCUCCUUUGACCACAAACUAUAUUCUACAUUUCACCUUUGUGGAAUAAUUAAAUCCUAGAAGACAAAAAAGCAUUCUUAAUCUGUUGGUAUGAUUCUUUUAGAAAUGGGGGAAGUCACUCAAGGGCAGUUUUUCCAAACGUUCAUUCAGCAUUAACCAAAGUGAAAAUUUAUUCUAUACCCAACCUUCAUCCAAAGAUCACAGGACAGUUUUGUGGGAACACAAAAUACAUAAUAAAACAAUAACGAACAGAUCAGUAACCCGCCCCCAACACAUUUAAAAGGCCUUAGAAUGUUUAAUCCCCCAAAGGCCUGGUUAUAGAGAAACAUUUUCACCCGGCACCUCAAGAUACGUAAUGAAGACACUAGGCAAGCCUCCCUGGGGAGAACGUUCCACAAAAUGGGGAGCCACUGCAAAGAAGGCCUGUUCUCAAGCUAUCGUAAAAUGCUACACAGCACCUUUAUCAGUACCCACCCCCUCUGCUAUUUAAGAGUUGUCAAAUCCAUAUCAGGAAUCACAUCACAGAAGGAAAGAAGGCUACAGGUUAAAUACGCUUGGCCAAUUAAAAUAUAUUGCUUCAUGUUUGUCAAGGGAUGAGCAGUUUCUGCCUCUGUAACACCCCUUGAAACUGCCCAAUGCUUGUCAUGUGGAACGAGGGGGUAGGAAUUCUCCUGGCCAAUUGGUUCACAUGACCCAGUUCACUUCAGACUUUGGAUUUAUUUAUUCUUGAUAAAAGUCAGAGAGUAACAUUUUAUUUACUGUGUGUGGGGGGGUGCUACCUGGUUUUCUCUCCCUUGCUGGCACACAUUGGUGUUUGUGUGUGCCUGACUGGUGCUGCUUAUUAAAAUUAAAAUUACUCUCAAAAAUCUCCUUACAAAAAGUUGGGCAACUUUGCCAUCUUUACUCACAGAAAAGUCUCCCCAAGUAUUGUCCCGGAAUUAAUGUAACACCAGGACUUAAUAUUAACUGCAGUCAGUGACCUAGAACUCACAAUUCCCAAUUUAGACAUGUGGCUUUCUGUGUACAAUGCGACUUGAACCAUUCAUAUUUGCAAAUGGAAGAUUGCAUAAUGGAGCUGUUAGGUUCGAACGCCUGCUCAGCUCUGAAGCUCACUGUGUGACCUUGGACCUUAUCACUGUCUCUCAGCCUAACCCACCUCAGUGGGAUGCUUUGAAGGUUAAGUGCCUCUCUGAGCCAUGUGGAAGGGCAAGUAACAAAUGUAAGCAGUAAAUAAAAACAACAGCUAAUUGCAGCCAAUCUAUUCUUUUUGUCCGUUGAUAGUUAUCUCAGUCAGUGAUCAUGCUGCUCUUGCCAAAUACUGUAAAGACCAGAAGAUUGGACUUGUGGUGGUUGGUCCAGAAGUCCCUCUUGCUGCCGGUAUGUCUAAAAGAAAUUAUUCUGCAAAUUCCUGCCUCCUGUUUAAUCUACUAAUUUAUGACUCCUAUAUGCCAAUCUGAGUGUAUAAAAACACACAAGUAUGCUAACAUACAUGCAGUAUAGGGCAUCUCUUCUACCAGAACAUGGUAAUGAAGGGAGCAGACAUUAAAGUGGAAAAGUACUUUUUGGCCUUUGUGGUUGGCUAACAGUUCAGAGAUCUGGAGUGACUCUGUUUUGGUCACAGUGUUUGCCUCAAACAGUUCUUUGCUCAUUGUCUAUCUGCUUCAGCUUUUGAAAUAGCUACUCUAGAUGAUAGCCAAGGAAUGGAUUUGGUUACUAUGGCCUCAAAGUUCUCUAGCUGCUACUUCUGCCAACAUUUACAACUAGAUACCAUUUUUGUAAUCUCAUCUCAGUUGUUUCAUUUUAAAUUAAGACUUAUAAGUAAAACAUGCACAGAAUAUUCCCGUGUGAAGUGCUUUUGCAUCUUUCAUGACAAUCCAUUCCAUUCUAUUGCCUCUUAUGCAAAAGGCAGCUAAUAUUCCACAGCCACUGUGCAUGCUCGGAGUUUGUUGCUUCUGAGCAGAGGAUGGUGACUGCCCCCUUAGGGCUUUUUCUGUAAAGGGGGGCGGUAUUUGGUACCUCUGCUACCUUUGAGGUUUCCCCGAGGCUGUGAAGACCUUCCUCUGUGUGGAUGGUGUACUCAGAGUACAGUGUUAGAGCCAUGAUUGUGUUUCAAUUAACUCUUUUCAUAAAACCCAUAACACUUUGGAUUAUUUCUGCUGCUAGGAAUUGUUGAUGACUUGACAGCUGCUGGCGUUAGAUGUUUUGGUCCUACUGCAAAGGCAGCUCAACUAGAGUCCAGCAAGAGCUUUUCCAAAGCCUUUUUGGAUCGUCAUGACAUUCCAACUGCAAGAUGGAAAGCUUUCACUAAUGCAAAAGAAGCCUGUGCCUUUAUUACCAGGUACAGCAUCUUUCAGCACGGGGAGAAUACUUUGUCUAUUUUUGUUGCAUCUUCCCUGCUUUUGAGAAUGUGUAUAGAGCUUGAUAUCUGAAUGAAAUUCCUCCUACUUACUUACUUACUUACUUACUUGCUUUCCUCUCUCUCUCCCCUCCCCCCAUUAAGUGCGGCUUUCCCUGCCCUAGUUGUAAAGGCAAGUGGUCUGGCAGCCGGGAAAGGUGUGAUUGUGGCCUCUAAUAAAGAAGAUGCGUGCAAAGCUGUCCAUGAAAUAAUGCAAGUAAGUUGGGAAUGUAUUAAUAAAAACAAUUUUAUCAUUAAGAUUACACCUAAAAUUGUUUUCUGGGAGCCUAGUAUUGGGCCAAACCAGGACUGAGGCUGCACUCCUCAAUGCACUUAGUGGAGAGUAAAUUUCACUGAAUGCACUGGACUUGCUUCUGAGACAUGUUUAGAAUUGCAGUGCCACGUAGACUGCAACCUAUGUAUGCUUACCUAUGAGUAAGCCCCAACAAAUGCAGAGAGACUUACUAUUGAAUAAGCAUUAACUGUGCUAUUAAGGAUGUGUAGCACUAUCAUUUAAGGCAAGGUUAAGGAGUCUGUGAGCUCCAGUUGUUGCUGGAUUACAACUCCCAUCAUCCCUGACCAUUGGCCGUGAUUACAGAGGCUGAUGGGAGUUGGAGUCCAACAGCAUGUGUAGGGCCACAAGUUCUCUAUCCAUGGUUUAAGGGGGUGUUUAUUCUGUUGCUUUUAUCUGAGCGAGUUCUUCCAUGGAACUUGAAAUGUAUGAUAUCUUAAAAUAGAAACAGUUUGAGAAGGAAAGAAAACAGUCUCUGCUAUAUUGCUGGGUUUCUGAAGAAGAUUGAGAACACGUUUCAAAGCAUUUGUUCUUCUCUGCUGGAUCAGGCAGAUUCUAUUUGUUAGAAUACUAUUACAAAUGAAAGUCUGUGUUCAGAUGUGUAUGUAUACUUUUCAUGCAGGAUAAAACCUUUGGAACAGCUGGAGAAACAGUUGUUAUUGAGGAGCUUCUUGAUGGAGAAGAGGUUUCUGUAAGUAUAUCCUAUAAUGUCUGGCAGCCUUUCUGACACAACUUUUCUUCCAUUCACUGAAAUUCCUUCCCAUUCAUGGAGCAGCUCUGAUGGAUCCCACCUGAUGUCCAUCAUGCAACUCAUAAAGCAAGUCCAGUUGGUUAAUCACUUUUAUCACUUACAGUUUUCAGCAAAUGUUCUUAACUUUGGCCAGGUAAUGCCCGUUCUGUAUAUUAAGUACAAGUCCUGACUACUUAAGGACUUAAAAGCUACUCACUGAGAUAGACUGAGUGGUACUGUUUUGAGCUCUCCCUAUGUGAGUUGCCAAAACAAAAAAUAUUCUAUUUAUGUAAUCAAAAUACCGCAUUGCUGAGUGGAACUUGGCCUUGCAAUGUUACAGUUGUUCCAUCAGUGCAAGCAUUUCUGCUUUCCAUACAGAACAAUCUCCCCUCUCCUCCCAACAUGUACUGUAGUGACUACUCAGAGCUGAUUUGGGAGGGCAUGUGGGGAGAAGAAGAGGUUGGAAGAACCCAGUUACACUAGUGGGACUCAUCCCGUAUUAGCAUUUACUAGUGAAACUGUUCAGUUGAAUCUGUCUCCAUGCUUUCAAAUUGGCUUCCUUUUGAGUGAUCCUAAAUAUUGAUCCCUGGCUCUUGCUAAAUAUUAUUGAUCAGUCAUAAGAGUAAGAACUCCAUUUCAAAUCAAAUAUGGAAUUUUCGGGGGGGAGGGGGAAACCUGUGCCAGAAAAAAACCCCAGCAACAACAGCAGCAGCAGCAUAUUAAUAGUCCAAAACACCCACUCCUGGGGCCACCCAUAAAGCAUGGAAUGUAUAUUUAAUUGUUAGAAAGGAAUUUAAUACUUCUGUUUUCCAGAAAUGGUGGGUGCCAUCCCGCUAGAUCAUAUUAGAGCACACCCACUGAAAUCAAAUGACUUCAGUUCACUGAUUUCAAGGGGUCUGCUCCAAGUAUGACUAUUGUUGGAUUUCACCAAGCACCUUCAGAAAAAUAUUAUGAAUUAUAUCAACAUUUACAUAAUUUGCCUGGCUCCUAAUUUGUAUAAGAGAUCUCCAUUUUCAAAUAUUGCAUGUGUUUAAACGAAUGCAAAUGAACUUAAAGUAUUGUACCAUUGUAUAUUGUUUAGAGAAAUGCCAACUGAGUAAAAGUAAAAUACCUUGGACUAAAUUUAAAAAAUUGUCCAGUAGCACCUUAGAGACCAACUAAGUUUGUUAUGGGUAUAAGCUUUUGUGUGCAUGCACACUUCUUCAGAUACCUGCACACGAAAGCUUAUACCCAGAACAAACUUAGUUGGUCUCUAAGGUGAUACUGAACAAUUUUUCAAUUUUUCAAUUUAUUUCGACUGCGUCAGACCAACAUGGCUACCUACCUAUACCUUGGACUGUCUCCCAUCAUUAGGAGGGCACUACUCGUAAUUAGCAACUUAUUAAUCAUCUUUGUAAACCUGGACACUGAAUUAAUUUCUAUUAUUACCUGGCAUAGUUAUAAACCAUCCAUGGUUUACCUUGUUUUUCUUACAGUGUUUAUGCUUUACGGAUGGCGUCACUGUUGCCCCGAUGCCACCUGCCCAGGAUCACAAACGCUUAAUGGAUGGAGAUCAGGGCCCAAACACAGGCGGCAUGGGUGCCUAUUCCCCAGCACCUCAGGUAAAACUCAUGUUUACAGUGCUUCUUACUGUAAGAGCUUAUUACAGUAAAGAGCACCUGUCAUCAGAGAUGAGUAAUAGGAAAAACAGAUUCUUGACACCAGGAGCAAAAAAAAAGCAUGACACAAUAGAUUCUUGUUGCUAGAAUUGGUUAAAUUCUCUACAUUCUUAAAAGCUCUACUUUUGUCACAUUUUAUUAGCUGUCCAAGGAACUUCUUCUGAAAAUCAGAAAUUCUGUUCUCCAGAAAACAGUUGAUGGUAUGAGAAAAGAGGGUAUUCCUUACAUUGGUAAGUGGGAGUAUCAUUGUAUGAGUGAUAUCCAUCAUUAGCCACAUGCAAAGUAGACCCAUUGAAGUCAAUUGAUUUCAAUAGUUCUACUUUGAGCAUCUGCUAUAUGAGUUACAGCAGUGUUUUGUUUUUUAAAUGACAGCAGUCCAAAAAUGCAACUAAUUGUGGACAACUGCGGUGAAUGCAAACAAUUGCUGACAAAGCUCCACAUACUUCGCUAGAUGGUGGAAAUAAUAGUCAUAAUCUUAAAAUAAUGCAACAUUCUUUUAAAAUGUACUGGUUGUGUUUGUCCUCAAUAUCUUGUGCCUUUUUCCUUUAGGUGUCCUGUAUGCUGGAUUAAUGCUAACCAAAGAUGGACCUAAAGUCUUAGAGUUCAAUUGUAGAUUUGGUGACCCGGAAUGUCAGGUGAGUGACACUGUAUAUCUUGGGCUGCAGUACAUCCAGUUGCCUUGGAGAAAGCCCCAUUCAACUCAAUGGGAUUUAAUUUUGAGCAGAUAUGUGUUAGAUUGCGCUUUAACCUUUUUUCUUUCCCAAACCCCUCUAUGGAUUGGAUCACGCUGGACUAAUUCAGUUAUCCCUCAGAAUGCAUUGGCAGAUCAAACUUUUAUUUAAAAAUAUAUAUUAUUAUUUUAUUAUUAUAUAUUAAAACACUUCUGCAAAGUAAUGUUACUAUGCACUCUUACAAUAUUGGAAGAGUGGAAGUAAUUGAGAUGCUGUGGGAGACCUAUUUGUAUGAUAGCACCUAGAAAGCUCAUUGUUCUUUUUUUCUUGUUAAGUUCCAGCAACCAGAAUUUUAAUUGAUUUACUUAAUAAAAUUCCUGCAGUUGUGCAAUAGCAAAAGUCCUGCCAUUUUUGUAUUUUUUGCAUCAAAGAUGUAUUUGAAUGAUGAGUCACUAUUUGUGCACUUGAACUGAACCCCUCCCUUCUUUGUGGGAUGGGCCAAGGCUCCACCAGUCUUGCUAAGUGCACUGUCAGCAAAUCUCAUUCUCACAGCCAUCAAUCCUGCCAUACACUUCCGUUGCCUCUGGGUUAGUGACUGGAGGGGGGCAACUGGUAUUCCUAGGGAAGCAGAUUUGACAGGUAGAUGAGAGAAAGCUGCACUGCACUGCAAUUUAAGCAAAAAAUGUGCCAGUACAAGUAGCACAUCAUGUCGUGGUACCAUGGCUCUAAACGUUUCUUCUGAAUGAUUGUAUAAGCAUUGGUUUAAAUGUAAUGUGUGAUCAUAUUGUGAGCAUCGAUCAAGCAGGUUUAUUUGCAAUAUCAUUUAAUAAUCACAUAUUUACUUACCCUUUGUUUCUGGUUUGAGGAUUCUUGUUUUUUUUUUUACAUCUUUAAUAAAUAAAAUUAUACACACACACACACACACACACACACACACACAUAUAUAUAUAUAUAUAUAUAUAUAUAUAUAUAUAAAUAUAUAAAAUAGCCACAAUGGUAAAGUACCACAGUCUAAUUCUGUGAUCUUCAUUACUUUACUAUACUGCACUGCAAGGUAUAUUUAAUAUAUUGUUAAAGUUCAGUAUACUUGUGUGUCUACACCAACUCAUUCUACAUGUUUUAAUAAAAUAUGUUUCCUAAUCAAUGUGCUUGGGGUGGCAUACAUUAUAUAAUAUACAUUGAAAUGCUUCUUUAACUUUCUUGUCAUUUCCAUGGUAUUUCACUGGGAGUUAAUUCUCUAGUUUUCUUAUUUUUUUUAAAGUAACCCCAGAAAGAUGUGCCUAACUCUGGUCUAUAUUUGUGUAGGUAAUUCUCCCGCUACUUAAGAGUGACCUUUAUGAGGUUAUACAAGCAACGAUGGAUCAAAAAUUAUCUCGCCACAUGCCUGUAUGGUUAGAAGACUGGGCAGCUGUGACUGUAGUCAUGGCUAGUGAAGGCUAUCCAGGAAGCUAUCCUAAGGGUUUGGAAAUAACAGGUAGGAAACUGACGCCCAGGUUCUAAACCUGUAGAACAUUAUAUCCUUCCACUUUCAUGUGACAGACAAGAGACUAUGUGAGUCUCUUGCAGGCUGGCUAUCUCAAAUAACGAAUGCUUUGGUUUGAACCAGUUGAGUGUCUGCCUUUGAUUCCUAAAGCGAUAGUUUCCACUUUGUCUCAUAAUACAAAGAGCAACUUUAAUUUCUGCAAGAAAAGACUGGUUACAGUAUAGCCAGACACUGGUUGUAUAUUUAGGUAAUAGAUAACUCCUUUUACUUAAGUGAGUAGUGAAUCCCUUUGAUUUCAUUGGGCUUUAUUUCCUAGUCAAAGUGCUUGGGACUGCAGCAUUAGAGAGCAAUCCUAUACAUGUCUACUCUGAAGUAAGCCCCACCGAGGUCAAAGAGGUUUACCCCAGGGUGUUGGGCUGCAGCCUUUGAGACCUCGCACUCCCACUUUCAAUCAUCAUAUCUACAGGCUGCCAAAAGAAGAGAAGCUUCUCAGUAACUCGGCCCCCCUCAGAGCAGUUGCUUUAGGGCCCUUUCUGUUUGGUAUCCCUUUGCAAAACAUGUGGCCAUCUUGGUAACUUACAUGGAUGUCUUGGUGGCCAUAGCCACCUUAGGGAAUGACACCUUAUCAGAAGGCGAGAAGGAACAGCAACAACUGUAAAAUACAGGCAGUCUGGCCACCUGGAGAUAUGUUUUUGCCCAGCCCUGCAGUAAACCAUAUGUCUCAAAGAAGAUAAGGUGGAAGGGAGUGAGGAGGUCUUUGGGUGGGUGGGUGCUUUUGUCUCUGUCCUCUUUGCGUGUGCGUGUGUGAAUGCCAGCAAGUAAACUGAAGCCUUUGUUCACCCUACAUUAUCAAGAGAAAGCAAUGCAUUUUACAUGUUUUUAUUUUACCAUAAAUAUUUUCAAUGGCUUUUUAUUUUAUUUUUAAUUGUUUUAGCACUGAUAGAUUUCCUGGCACUCAAGUCACAGAACGGUGUCAAAUGUCGGGAUGUAAUUUCAUAGAACAGGGAUACCUAACUUAUGAUUCUCUAGAUGUCAUUGGACUCCAGCCAACAUAGCUAAUAGUAUCACCAUCAACAUCUUAAUAGAUAUUCUGCCCUUCCUCCUGAAGGAGCCCAGGGAUAUCAGGAAUGAAAAAGACAUAUUUUAAAGUAUUCUCAAAACAGUUUCAAAACAUUCUCUCAGCCAGUGAUUUCAGGGUUGUCGGGAACAGUAUCUUUCAGCCAUAUUUUUAAAUUCUUCCUGAAGGUCUCAGCGAAGGAGGCAGACACAAAAGGGGAUGAUGUUAGGAUAGAUGCCAUGUGUGAACCAGCAACGUUGCGACAACCACAUAUAAGCCACUCCUGCCGUAGAGGUUUCAGACAGAUCAGUUAUGGCCCACACGUGUCCUUUUUAAUCAACUUUUUAUUUAUUAAUGGGUUGAGUUCACUGCCAUUUUUAUUUGAUUAGGCAUAUUUAUAAUUGCUUGUGCACUCAAUAGACGUAUGGCAAAAGAUUUCAGGAAACUUUAAAAAAUAAAUAAAUUCUCACCUUAUAGGAUUUCCUCGGGCGAAAGAGCUGGGUUUGCAGGUGUUCCACGCAGGCACAGCCAUGAAAGAUGGCAAAGUGGUGACCAAUGGCGGCCGAGUCCUCACUGUGACAGCUAUCAAGAAGGACCUUGUCACCGCACUGGAAGAAGCCAACAAAGGAGUAGGAGUCAUCCAGUUCAAAGGGGCCAUUUAUAGAAAGGAUAUUGGUUAUCGGGCUAUAGCUUUCCUUAAAGAAUCCAGGUACCUAUCUGAGGCCAAAUCAGAAGGUGAUAGUAAGAAUAUGUGUUAAACAUAAGACAUAAUUCAUGAAAAUCACUACAUAAUCAUUCCAUGUUUCAGUAAAAUUUUGUAUCAAUAUACAAUAUCCUCAUAUAACUAUUCUUAAUGGAUAUCCUUGUGUAUUAUCUCAAAAACAACUAGGAUUAAUUAAUGGGUAAUGAAUAAAUAUUUCUUUUACUGAAGACUUAAAACACUAUUGAUCAAAACAUAAGAUAGCUUACACCUACUUUUUCCAUGGCUACUAAUGCAACAGUCUUGACACAAUAUUAACCAGUUUAUCUGUCCUGUUUUUGAGAAGAUUAGGACUCUCAAAGAGAGACCUUUUUUUUUGUUUCCUCUUGGAACUACAUUGCCCGGAAUUCUUUGUAAGGUUGUGUAGAUUUGUUGUUAACAAGUGAAAAACUAGUGGGUGGGAAGAAUGAAACAGCAACGUGCACCUACAUGAAGUUGGUACUCCCAAAAUUCUUAAGAGUGACUCUCUUCAUAUUACUAUGAAUUAAUCCAUUUUUGAGGGAAAUAAAAGUUGAGGAUGCAAGAGGCUGGUACACUUAGGCUUUAGAGCAAGGAUAGGAAUCUGACCACCACCACCACCCCAAUACUAUUGGACUACAACAUCCAUCACCCCCAGCCCUGUCCUAGCGUGUGAAAAUCUUCUGACACAUCCAUUUGGAGGCUACUCUUGUAAAGAUCAAGCCAAGAUAUUUUUACCAGUAUAACUGCAUCAAUUGCCAUCUUGCACUAAUGCAGCUGCACUGGUAGAAUUAAUCCAACCUUUAACCUAAAUGUUUUUGUCAGUGCCACAAAAUAUAAACUAUUGAAGAAGUACUACCUUUUUAUAAAAUAGCCUUCUACUAUGAAUGAAAUACACUGUUAGUAUAAAGCUUGAAAGCAUAUGGCAUCAGGUGUUAGUAUACUGUAAUAAUAGUCUUUUUGUGUAUGCAAUAAAGUUUCUAAGAAUGGUGCAGUAUCUAGCUUUAUUUUUAUGGAAUGUGUAGUAUUUGAUUAGAAGUGGUAAAUGAUAUGAAUCUGUGUAGUGUGCUCUAUCCAUUGAGUUGAAUUCCGCCCCCUGCCCCCCAAAGCAGACAAGGCAAUAUUUGGCCAGAUGUAAGAGGACUCAUUCAUGCACAUUCUAAGCCUAAACAGCAAUAGUGAAUUUGAGUUGAUAGCCAGCACAUCUGAGUUUAUGCCUAGAGAGUAAAUGGUGAGCUCAAAAUACAUUUGGGCUUAGCUGAUGACAAUGAUGUGUAGCUUUAAAAAUAUUACAAGUUAUGUAUACAAGAUAUAUUUUACAGGGCAUGUUCCUGUUUUACUUCUGAUAAGCCUGAAAACCCCUGAAAAAUAUAUUGUUGUUGACAAAAGUCAGCAUGAUCCAUUUAACAGAUACUGGACUUGGACCCGGGAGUCUUGGGCUUACAUGUCAACUAAGACUGCAAUCCUAACUCCCACUUACCUGGCAGUAAUUCAGUAGGGCUUACUUCAGAGUAGACCUAUUCCUUCAAUAGCAUGCAGCUGCUGUGAUACACAUCUGGGAAUGUGAAAAGUGUGGAGCAGGGAUAGGCAGGGAACUAGUCCCAGCUGAGGGACCACUCAUUCCAAGAGCACAGGGAUCGUAAGGACUGCCACAGAGCUACUGACCUUUGAAAUCAGGCCUUUUGGAGCAAACACUCUCACUCAUACUUCUUAAAGGCACAGGAAAAGUUCCCAGCGAAUUCUUACACCUCUAUACUGGCACUGGAAAAUACUGCUAUAGAUGGAUUGUAUGUAUGAAUCAAUUGACUAUUGGCUAUUCUGCCCUUUUAGGGGCCUGACUUACAAAGACAGUGGUGUAGAUAUUGCAGCUGGUAACACGUUGGUUCAGAACAUUAAACCUUUAGCAGCGGCCACAUCUAGGCCAGGUAAGAUAAAAUCUGUACAUUCUAAUUAAAACAUUUCUGGAUUAAGUUCAUGAAAAAUUGAGUUCUUUAUACCCAUACCCCUUACUAUUUUGUAAAAAUAUAUAUGAAACUCUUGUAUUUUACGUUUUGCACUAAGAAUUCCAGAUGAGGCAUGCAGUUUAGCCAUCAUGCAGAGAUUUCAGAAUACUGGAAUUGUGCUGUAGUUAGGACCUGCAGAAUAUAUUUAAGGAAAAUCAUUCCAUUUAAGAUAUAGAUAUGGAUAGAGACGCUUUAACUGACUGCAGCGUCAGGAUCCCACCCACCCCUCACCUAAUUUUUUUUGUAAAGCAGAGGUUAACAGAGCAAGGUGAACUUUUUUCUCAGUUGAAUACAGUGGGACUUGAUUCUGAGUAAAAAUGCACUGGAUUACAUUGUGGAGCAAGUUAAAUGUAGGAGAAAGGAGAGCAGGAGGGAGAGGCUCAUCCCUCACCUUUGCUCUUAAUUCCAAUUGAUUGGCUGCAGAAUAAUCUAGGCAACAGGGAGAUCCAUGGUGGGAAGAUCUUUUGUCCCCUUUCCCUGCCCAGUUCGCUCUGCAGUGCUGCUUCCAGAUCUGAAGAAGGGCAAAACCAAUCAGGGAUGUGGUUUGACAAAUAAUUCUAUAGCCGCCUCUAAAUCACCUCCACCAUGUGAACAAGACCUUGGUGAAUGAGUCCUUUUCUUCCUGCUUGGUAGGCUGCAAUGCUGACCUAGGAGGGUUUGCUGGCCUCUUUGACUUGAAAGCAGCUGGAUAUAAAGAUCCAAUUUUGGUAUCUGGAACUGAUGGUGUCGGAACAAAGCUCAAGGUAAUGGGAAGGUUGUGUGGACUGGGCAGGUUUAAUGGAUUUUUGAAGGUUUUAGGCUGACAACAGGAUUUUUACUUAGUAACUGAGUGUUUACCACGCAAAGGGAUCAUAGUUUGGCAGCAGAGCAUGCAAAAGGUCCCUGAUUCAGUCCUUGGCAUCUACAAUACCCUCUUUCCUUCCGCCCCGCCCCCCCAGUGAAUAACUUUAUUUGCAUCACAUUCAGAUAUGUGUCUGAAAUGGAUGCCAGUCCUUCACAGGAGAGCAAAUGGAAGGGCAUAGUUUCUGAGGCCUGGCAACCAACAAAUUUUCCAGUAUACUUUUGAAAAAAUGUCCAAGAGCACAAUAUAGCGUCAAUGUCCCUUUCCCAAGCCUGGCUGAUAUAAAUAGGAGUUGCAUAAAAGUAUCUUGGAGUCUCCUCUGAUUAUAGUCACCUAUGUACCUUCCAUGGCAGUCAAAAAUGAAAUCACAGUUAUGUUCAGUACCAGUGGCUGGGAAUCAGAAGUGGUGAGAGUGCUAUUGCAUAUAAGCAUCUGGUUGGUCACCACGAGAACAAGGAGGCUGGACUAGAUGGGCCUGUGGCCUGAUCCAGGAGGGUUGUUCUGAUGUUCCCAAGUCUCGCCAAGCUUGGGUGUGAUUUGUCUCCCAAUUCUCAUUACAGAUUGCCCAGCUAUGCAAUAAGCACGACACCAUUGGUCAAGACUUGGUUGCCAUGUGUGUCAAUGAUAUCCUAGCUCAGGGAGCUGAGCCCCUCUUUUUCCUGGACUAUUUUGCCUGUGGGAAACUUGAUGUCGGGACGGCUCAGGCAGUCAUCGCUGGAAUAGCUGAAGCUUGUAAACUGGCAGGAUGUGCGCUCCUCGGUAGGAAUGAUCACUCAUUCCUUGUGUGUGAUUAGAAAAUUCUCGGGUUCCUGCAUUUAAUUGAAAGCAAACCUUACUGUUGCAGAAGGUUGAUUCAUAUACUGUGUCCGGCUGCUAUGGAUCCAAGAAUCAGUUUACACAUUCAGUUUGCAGUGGGUCAUCACAGUGUGCCCUGUUUUGUGAGUGGGGGGAAUUUAAAAGGGGAAUCUUCUGAAGAGGUGAAGUGUAGAAGGCAGGGGCAGGCCUUGGUAAUAUGGCGCCUUGUGCCAGGCCAAAAUUCAUGCUCCUCCCCAGCCCUUGCGCUGCCUUCCCAAAACCAGCUAAGCAAGGGGCCAUACUUUGGGAAGGUGGUACAAGACUCUCUCAGGGUUGUAGAGCCCUCCUGUGUCCUUCACAAAGCUGGGCAAGUGCUAUCCAGGCUUUGGGAAGGAGGUAGGAAGGUGCCCCCUUUCAGCUCAGUGCCCUGUGCAGGGAAACCAGUCACACUGCCCUAAAUCUGCCUCUAAAGAAGGCUGGAUUCAGUCCCAGUCCUUUCCCUCUAACAUGCUAGUUUUCUGUGUGCAGGAAGCGUUUAUAUAAUGGGUGAGGUUUUAAACACAUGAUCUGUCAGCCCCACCACCAGCCCCAAUCAGCAGUCUGAAGUGGCACAACAGCAAGAACUGUCUUGUGUGAUUCUCCUGGUUGUGUAACUUGGUACAGACAUUUUGGCACCUGAGUCUAAUGGAAAAAUGGCAACCCCCGUCCCCACCAGGGAAGAAGGGGUGGGUGAAGAUCUACAUCAGGAACAACAGGGAAAAUAAAGAUCUAUAUCUGCUACCCCUGUGGAUCCUGCUGCCUGAGACAGUCACCUCUCCUUGUGUCAUGAGUGGGCUCACCGUGACUUUGUACUUAGGCAAACUCUCAUAACGACCUUUUCCUAGAUUAUUUACUUAUCAGAACUGCUGUUUUGCUUGUUCUGGCUGUUCCAUUUUGAAAUCCUUUGUUCUUUACUUAAUCGUGUAACACACACAUACCUCACACAUGUUGUUGACUGAUUUCUCCAUUUUAAAAUGGGCAGAAUUUGAGAAACUGAAUCAUUUUUCAUGGCAUGAUCCACAACAUGGGAAGGGAACAUGCUCAGUGGCAGAAUAUCGGCCUUGCACACAGAAGGUCCCAAAUUUAGUCCAAUGGCAUCUCCAGAUGGAGCUGGGAAGGACUCCUGUUGAGAACCUUGCCAUGUUGCUAGCAGUCAGUGUGGGCAGUAUCGAGCAGGAUAGAUCUGUGGCAGGAUUCUGUUUAAGGCAGUUUCCUGUUUUUCUGUGUGCUAUUCCUUAAGAGUGCCAAAAGCACCUAUGAUUUUGUUGUUCUUGUUUUUCAUUUCUUCCUUUAGAUGUACAACUUUGAAAAUUCAAUAAAAUGUAAUCAACAAGCAAAAAACCACAAAAACCCCAUCUUAAGACAGGCUGUGCUUGCUAUACUUCCGUGUAUAUAAGAAUCUGGGAAGUAGAGUUCCUAUAAUGGUCACCAGUGAUUUUGCUUUAACACUCACAGUCCCUUUCUCUGUCUUCUGUUGCCACCUCAGGAGGAGAAACGGCUGAAAUGCCUGGCAUGUAUCCACCGGGAGAGUAUGACCUGGGGGGCUUUGCCGUUGGCGCUGUGGAACGAAGCCAGAUGCUUCCCAAGCUAGACAGAAUUGUCGAGGGAGAUGUGGUUAUUGGAAUAGCUUCCUCUGGUGUUCACAGCAACGGGUUUAGCCUUGUGAGAAAGAUUGUCGAAAAAUCCUCUUUAGAUUUUUCCUCUCCUGCAGUGGGCCGCUCUGGUAACCAGACAUUAGGUAAGUUCAGUAAUUGCAGCAUUUUCCUCUUCUGUCUAUGUCGCGGGGAACAACCUUUGGUCAAUUUUCAGUUAUUAGGACAUUUGGGGUCUUUUUAUCAAAGGGCGGGAGACUCAGACCCUGGGGCCAAAUGUGGUUUUCCAGGCUUUUCGCUUCUCUUUUUGGCCCUUGGAACUCUCUCCAGACCGCCCCCCUCACAGACCUAGCCCCUCCCUGAGUGUUUUAAUUUCUUUAAUUUCUUUCCUAUGCUUUUGGAAUGUGACCUCGAGCUGUGAUAGUGACUCCAACUUGCUUGGAUGUGGGGAGGUGCAUUGAAGCCUCUCAAUUUCGCAUGGCUUGGCUGUAACUAACUGUUUUAAGGCGAAAGAGUCACACUUGAUGCUCCAUCUGCUUCUUUGCCUUUGGCCACAUCGGCCACUGGAAUAGAUGGCCCCCAGAUCAUUGCCCAUGAGGGAAUGUGGCCCUCACGUUGGAAAAGGCUCCUGACCCUGCUUUCUAUCAAAGGGCAACUAGUGAGGAAAAAUGAGUACGUGCAACUGUUGGAAUACUUUUACCUCCUUCCAUUUUUGUGCGUACUUGUGUGACAUUUGCACUUCGUUAGCCGCCUUCCAAUGCUAAUCCUAUGUCCCUGCCUCCAACAUCCAUGGAUUAGGCAUAAACAUCUUCAGAGGGAAUGCCUAUGUGCAUAGGUAUCCUAUGUAAAACUGGUUUGGGCUUGCUUACAAUCAAGCAGUGUGUACAUGUUAUGAAAUACAGUGGUACCUCUGGUUAAGUACUUAAUUUGUUCUGGAGAUCCGUACUUAACCUGAAACUGUUCUUAACCUGAAGCACCACUUUAGCUAAUAGUGCCUCCUGCUGCUGCUGUGCUGCCGGAGCACAAUUUCUGUUCUCAUUCUGAAGCAAAGUUCUUAACCUGAAGCACUAUUUCUGGGUUAGUGGAGUCUGUAACUUGAAGCGUAUGUAGCCUGAAGAGUAUGUAACCCGAGGAACCACUGUAAAUAGAAAUAAUAAAAUGUAAGCUAGAGUGCCAGUCAUGCAGAGUUCCAGCUCCUGUGGAAGUCUAUGCAUGUAGAGGUCUAUGCGUGUAGGCUUUCUCCCCUCCCCCCAGCCCUUAUAGACACCCCCACGUUGAACGUGGAUCCCAGGUGCAGGACUGCAGAAGCCAUACAAUGCAAUUAAUAUGGAGCCCCUUUCAUGCAGUAAACACAUAAGGAAGGGCCACAGCAAUAUCUUCGUAAGGUCUCCUUGAUGCAUUUCAUCCUGUGUGUGCUUUUGUGCUUUAUCAUGCUUUUGCAUAAUAACCUGCUAAUGACUUACGUUCACAGGAGAGCAACUGCUUACGCCCACUAAAAUCUAUAGCAAGAUUCUCCUGCCGGUUCUUCGUUCAGGCUACGUGAAGGCCUACGCCCACAUCACUGGAGGAGGGCUGCUGGAGAACAUUCCACGUGUCCUCCCAGCAUCCUUUGGGGUAGUUCUAGGUAAGAACGUCUUGGUCAUGGGGAAUACCUAGGCAAAACUUGCAAGCUUGAUAUAAUAUUUCUUAAUUUUUAUCAAUGCCAUUUUCCUUUCUUUAACUCGGUUUCUCCCUUCUCCUCCUGCCCCCAUUUAUUGAAAUCCACAUUUUAUCUCAAAAUUGACUGAUUGAAGAUAUUUUAAGGAUGGAUUUUCAUAUUCACUAAUAAAGAGUAGAAUGAAAUUUAGACAUUCCCUUUCAUCCCAGUUUUAUAUGGCUUUCUGUGGGUACUCAGUCUAUGUUUACACCAUACAUUUAAACCACUAUGUUGCCACUUCAAACAGUCCUGGUUUCCCCCAAAUAAUUUUGGAAGCUAUACAGUAGUUUGUUAAGGGUGUGGGAGUUGUUAGGAAGUACCUAUUCCCCUCACAGCCCUACGAUUCCCAGAGUUUCCUGUGUAAAACAAUUGUUAAACUACUAUGGGAACCAUAGCUCUGUGAGGGGAAUAGGUGUCUCCUAACUCUCAGCACUCUUAACAAACUACAGCUCCCAGAAUUCUUUGUGGGAGGCAAGGCCUGUUUAAAGUGGUAUUAUUAUGCCUUAAAUGUAUGGUGUGAAUGUGGCCUUAGUUGAUUUGAAAAGAUUUUGGAUCAAUUGAAAAAGAUAAUAAUUUUUAAAAUAGGUGGUUAGAUUGGUUAAAUACAUUUCCUUCAAUUGCCAGUGAUAACCAUUGGAUCUUCUGCUAUUACUGGGCUUAUCACUGUUAUGUUUAUUAAGUUCAAUCAGAAUUGUCGGCUUAAUUUCUCUGUAAUGCUUGUUGACUGAUUUUAAAAAAAGUGUGUUACAAUACAACUCUGGUUAUUUUCAGAUGCCGUAAGCUGGAAGAUACCCAACAUCUUUUCUUGGCUUCAGAAAGAGGGAAAUCUGUCGGAGGAAGAAAUGGCUCGAACAUUUAAUUGUGGGAUUGGUUCAGUCCUGGUUGUGCAGAAGGAGCUGGCUGGGCAGGUCCUGAAGGACAUCCAGAGGCAUGAAGAGGCCUGGCUGAUUGGAAAAGUUGUACGCUGUCACUCAGGUCACUAUGCAUCUAUCUGGGGACGACUUGUGAGGGUGAUUAUUUUUAAUGGGGUGAUGGUGCUGCAGCAGUCCUGAAUUAGGAGUGCAUCUGUUUUGCAUGCAGAAGGUACCAGGUUCAUCCCCUGCCAUCUCCAGGGGAAUGUCCCCAGUCUGAAACCCCGGAGAGCUGCUGCCAGUCAGUGUAGACAAUACUGAGCUAGAUGGACCAAAUGGUCUGACCCAGUAGAAGGCAGCUCCCUUUGUUUCUAAUUUUUUAGUUCUAUUUAUUUACAGCUAAUGUUUCUUUUUUUAAUUGAAGGGUCUGCCCACGUUGAAGUCAAUAACUUGCUUCAAGCCUUACAGUCAAAUAGGAUAGAGUCCUUCCACAGCCAACGAAGCAAAACCCAACCAAGCAAAACAAGGGUCGGCGUCCUCAUCUCUGGAACAGGUGAGACUCCUACAUUCUCCAUUGUGAGAAACGAAUGCCAUCUUUGAGGCCAUAGGUUGGGGUAUUCUGGAAGACUGAUUUGAAGUAGCUUAGUCAGACCAUACCAUAAACAGCUUUGGUCCUGCACACCUGAAGGAGUGUCUCUACCCCAUCAUUCAGGCUGGACACUGAGAUCCAGCUCUGAGGGCCUUCUGGCGGUUCGUGAGGUUACAGGGAACCAGGCAGAGGGCCUUCUCAGUAGUGGCACCAGCCCUGUAGAAUGCCCUCCCAUCAGAUGUAAAAGAGAUAAACAACUAUAUGACUUUUAGAAGACAUCUGAAGGAAGCCCUGUAUAGGGAAGUUUGUAAUAUCUGAUGCCUUACUGUGUUUUAAUUUGUUGGAAGCUGUCCAGAGUGGCUGGGUUAAACCGGGUCAGGAUUUUAUGGGGUAGAUGUUGCUUUCAAAAACUCUUCUAAUUUGAAAGAAAUCCAGCCGAAUACCGGAGGUUUAAAUGGCAGGAUUUCUGCAGCUUUUUUCUUUUUUUUAAAUAUGCACUAUGGAACAGAAAUGAAAAGAACCAUGAAAGAAAAUGCACUUGUUCAGAGUUUGAGUGGCAUACAGUUGGAAUAGGAAGAACCCCUUGAAAUCACACAGGUUUCUUUGGAUGUACUUAUAAUGAAAAACUCAUGCCUCAAGAAAAAAAAUACUUAGCAUUUAAAUGUGUGGAAUGUGCUGCAAAAGUGUAUUGUGCCAUCCAACCUGGUGAUAGUUCUAUACUUACUGAAUCAAGUUGCUAUUUUGCUGCUUUUAAAAAUGUUUUCAGAAUAUUUGAGUCCAUCUUAAAUAUAUUUUCACUUGAUUGUCUUGGAUCUUUCAGGUACAAAUCUGGAAGCUUUAAUAACCAGUACAAAGAAGCCAACUAGCUAUGCACAAAUAGUCCUUGUCAUUUCUAACAAAGCUGGUGUAGAAGGGCUAAGAAAAGCUGAAAGAGCUGGCAUUCCUACAAAAGUAAGUAAAUGGUCAACAGUUUGGCAUGUGUAACUUAGCGGUUAGGUGUCUGUGUCUGGCUGUUCAAGAUGUUCAGUGUUUCUGAAAUAUUCAGCAUUAAUGAUUGGGGGGGGGGGGUAAAUAAAUGUAUCCCAUAAUCUCACAAUGUUUUACCCUUUCUUAGGUAAUUGACCACAAGCUGUACAGCAGUCGCACAGAGUUUGACAGCGCAGUUGAUAAAGUCCUUGAAGAGUUCUCAGUUGAGCUGGUCUGCCUUGCAGGAUUUAUGCGGAUCUUAUCUGGUCCUUUUGUCAGAAAGUGGAAUGGUAAAUGCAUCUGGGUAUACUGCACUUGGAACUGGAAAUGCCCAUGCCGUUAAAUGUUGUGUAUUGUAUGUGAACCAGUUAGACAACAGUUUCAUUUUCAAUUAGGAGAUUUUGCUAAUUUCCUAGUUUAAAUACAGCACAGUGUUUCCCACAGAUUUAGAGGGAUAUCUCUACAUUUUAAAAAUAACCAUUAUUGAUGUGAAAAAGGGACACUGAUAUUCUCCAUGUUACUAGUGAACCAGCUGUAUCAUAGCUGUCCCAUUAUUUCUGAUUCCAAAAUGCAGCUGGUUUCAGAUUCUGGGUUGGUGGCUGCGGUUUGUCUGAUAAUGUUGAUUCAGACAUUAUAGUUUCUAGUCUAUAUCUAAUUGUCACCAGUUCAUUCAAGCAGAAAAAACCUGCUUCGUUUUACAUAUUUUGUUUCAAUUAGUACAUCAAUAAUUUCUUGUUUAAGCAUUGUAAUGCUAGGAGAACUAAAAAAAAUGAAUUUUGUUUUUUACUUCUAGGAAAAAUAUUGAAUAUUCACCCAUCUUUGCUGCCUUCAUUUAAAGGAGCAAAUGCCCAUAGACUGGUACUGGAGGCUGGAGUCAGAGUCACUGGUUGUACUGUGCACUUCGUUGCUGUAUGUUCUCCUUUUUUGCUACUCUGUUAAUAAUAAUCUUAGUUUGAAUUGAUUGUCAGAUCGCUUCUCAGCCAACAAUGAAUGCAGAGGGAUUAAUUUACACAGACUGUGAAAGGGUUGGCCAGUGAUCUGAGCACAAAAUGUACUAAUUAGACAGUUGCUGCACCUCCUGCCCACUUCAGCAUAGCCUGAAAUCUAUUACAGCUCAGUAAUUGGGGAAUCUUUUUGAAUCCAGCCUAGCCUGACUUCUGCCAGCUGCAGACCAGGUCAAGGUUAACUUAAGGAAUCUAUGCAGCUGGUGAGCAGUCAUUGGACUGCUUCAUUUACUUCACAAUUUAGAAAUAAUUUAUUAUUGUGAACUGUAAUACUAUUUUACCUGGUUUUCAUAGUGGUGUGGGUUUUACAGUUUUCUCUUGAAUUCUCUUCUACAGCUAACUAGACCAGACAGGAGUCAGACUAAAUAUUUGUGGUACAGAAUUAGCCAAUUUCAAGAUAGUUUGUAGUGUUGAAGAUAAUUUCUUAAAGUGGAAGGAGUCCCAUGAGAGGUCAUGAAAGCAAACCAAGGCCAUGUUCUAGAGCUCAUAAUUUCGUCUAUCUCUCCAUCUUGUCAACGUUUCUGACCUUCCUUUCUAGGAAGAAGUUGAUGCUGGAGCAAUCAUUUUUCAAGAGCCAGUCCCCGUGAAGAUUGGAGACACAGAGGAGACUUUAUGUGAAAGGGUGAAGGAGGCAGAGCACAGAGCCUUCCCUGCUGCUAUGCAGCUAGUGGCAAGCGGAGAAGUACAGCUAGGAGGAGAUGGGAAGUUACGCUGGAAUUCGGGAAAGCACAACUGAAAUGCAGAGGACAAGAAAACAGCAGCAACCACGAUGCAUAAUUUUUGCUUUAAUUCUGUAGCAUAGGGCAGCAAGAUGAGAAAGCCAAACAGAGCCAAAUUGGGAAGGGGAUGAAUUUGCCAUCUCAAAUAUUCAAAUACUUUUGCCAUAAUACAGGUUCUUAAAAUGGACCUCUGCAGACACAGGUCCUCAUGGUAAGCCAUACGUAUGAUUAACACCAGGGUCACCCAAAGCAUCGUGAAAGGUGUACUGAAAUAUCCAAAGCCCUUGUGGGCAACCAUUUCACUCAAACAGAUUGCCACCUAGUAAACACUAGUACACACUAUGCCAUGCCUGUAUCAAGGGGCCAGCUACAUGGCAGUGCCCUUAUCUAAAUCAGGCAUUGCCUUCACAAACAGACGGUGCCUACUCCCAGGAAAAGGGAAUAUACAAAAAAACUAUCUGUGGUCACAGCAUUAAUUAAGCAUUUUAAUAUCCAUCCUUUUAACAUUUCGUUCUGAAUAGCAAGGUGAAUCAGAAUCAGGUUUUUUGGCCAUUGUGCUAAAGAUUGAAGUAUUUCAUAGCAAUUGGUGAGCACAAGAAAAUCAAAGAAACACAUGGCUUUAACCAGGGCUGUAUUCAGCUAAUCACAUGUGGGAUAUUUAAUCCCCACCCCUUUUCUAAAUAUAUUAUACUAUGAAACAUAUUGUCUAUUAAAACUUAACCCAUGACAUCAUGGAGACAUGCAAUAACAUGUUCUUCAGUAUGUUUUUAUCAUAGCUAGAUAGCACAGUGAGAAAGGAAUUGACCUAACUUUGAAAGAAAAGAAGUGGGUAGCUACAUAUUACACGUGCCUUAAAAAAAAUCACCAUGAUGGUUCAUUGAAGGAGAGAAUACUAUAUUUCCAUUGUGUUAUGAUUUUGCGAUUUACAAAACUAAUCAGUGUUCAAAUGCUAAGCUUCCAUAGGAAUUGGACUAUAUAGCACAAUACUGUUACAUUCCUCUUAUCUGUUUUGUACCCAAAUGUUCAGUGAUACCAAACCCCAUUCUAAUAAAAAAAUUAAUUUAAGAAAUUACAUACAUAUCUAUGUUAAUUUCUGGGUGAUAGUUAAAAGAUUUCUCUCCUUACAGUUGCGAAAGAUGCCUUGCAGUGUCUUGUCAGUUCCUAAGCAAGUCUUGCUGGUGGAAACCUUCCAGAAAAGAAGCAACCUGAAGCCAAAAAUAAUCCAGAGGUGUUCUGCUUUUAAUGAUUAGGCCAUGUAAGAAGACAAGUUUACCCAUUGUAUCUAGCUUUUAGCUAGAGUAUGUCAUAUAUUGUUAUCAAGAGAGAUGACAUUGGUACACUAAUCUCUGGUUAGCCCCUACCCAGAGGACCAUGUUCCAACAACAGCCCAAGCUUACCCGUUAUUUCAAGGAGGAUGGUUUUGUGUACUCAUGCACCGCUGCCCCAUUUAAAUUGUACAAAUCAGUCCUUCCAGGAGAGAUGGCUGUGUACACUCAAGUCACCGUGUGUGAAAAACGGUUUUGCAAUGCAAUUUCAUCCAAUGUGUUUGUACAUAACAAAAAGUAAGUACAAGAAACAUUAUUCUUACUAUGUACCAUCUUAGAGUUUCCGAAACAUGAUUGUGGCACACCC